AUGACAGAUAACCAGGGUUUAAAAAAAGAAGAUGCUCAAAUCAUUGAUAUGAGUUCAAUAAAUAAUAUUGAUGAUAUUAGAUUAAUUAUUACAAAUUCAAAAUUAACAAUUCAAUUGUCAAAAUUAAUUUUAAACUCAUCUUUUAAAGAUGAAUAUAUUGUAUUAUUCCUUGUUUUAUUAAAUACUGUUGAUUUACACUCAAAUACAAAAUGUAAUUUUUUAGUAUCAGCAUUUGAUACUAAAUUAUAUAAUUUAGCAAGAAGUUGUUUAGAUACUGAUAAAUAUACAUUUGUUGAAAUUUUAAAAUGUUUAAAGAUUAUGGAUUCUAAAAGAAUGAUUAGAAUUUUAUAUGAAAAAAUCGACUCAAUUAAAAAUAAAUAUCAAGAUCGUAAAGAAAGAUUAAAUAAUGCCAGUGUUGAAUAUCAAAAACAACUUUUAGAAAAUAAAUUAAAAGAAUUAUCAUUAGAAUCUGAUGAAAAAGUUAAAGAAGAAAAAUUAAAAGAAUUUACUGAUAAAAAUGAAAAACAAAAAGAAAUUGAAAAAAACUACAAAGAAAAACAAGAUUUAAAAAAGAAAAAAGAAGAAGAAGAAAAAGAAAAAGAUAAAACUCCAAUUAAAAAAUCUAAAAAAGUUGGUAAAAAAUCAAAAUCAAAAUCAAAAUCAAAAUCAAAAUCAAAAUCAAAUGAUAAUAAUAAUAAUAAUAAUGAUGAUAAUAAUAAUAAUAAUAAUAAUAAUAAUGAAAAAUCAAAAGAAGAUAUUUUAAAAGAAAAAAGAGAAAAAAAUAAAAAAAGAGAAUUAUUAUUUGAAAGAAGAUUUGAAAAUUCAAUUAAUUCAAUUGAAAAUAAAAUUAGAGAAUUAGUAUCAUAUGGUUAUGAAUCAACAUUAAGUGGAAAUGUUGUAAAUAUUUUCAAACAUUAUUUUAAACAAGUUCCAUCAUCAGUUUUAUUAUUCUUUUCAUUUGGUCAACCAAAAGCAACAUGGAGAAGUAUUUGUAAAUUAUUACAUUUGGCUCCAUCAGAUCUUUCAAGUGAAGUACCAUGGUUCCUUAGUGUAAUGUUUGGUAAACCAGCAGAAGAAGGUACUCAUGUUUAUGAAUUUGAAAAGAGUUUAAAAACUCCAGGUUAUUUUACAAAUGAAGUUGCAUUUGAAUUAAUUAAAAAGUUUAAACCAACUUAUCCAUUCCUUAGAAAGAAUUUACCCAGUGGAAUUUUAGACAAUCAAAUGAAGAGAUUCAUUUCAGAGUAUGAAGAAAUCGACACAUUAAUUUGGUGGUUACAUGAAUUCAAACAUGAUGAUUCUAUCAAUUUUAUCAUUAAACGUAUUGAAGAUGGUGAAAGUUUAGAAAAGGUUUCCAUCGGUACUUUAUUGGAGAAAGCAAUGUCAUUAAAUCAAGAUUCUCCAUUGUUUAAAGUUUUAUUCAAAGCAAUCAUUGAUAAAAUAUCUGCCCUUAAAGAGAAAUUUGUUUUACCAGCACCAAUUUCAAUUUUUGGAGAUAAAUCUGGUUCAAUGGAGGUUGCAAUUCGUUUAAGUAAUAUUGUUAGCUUUAUCAUCUCCUCAUUAACACCUGGUGCUCAUUUAACAUUUUUCGAUACCAAAGAUAACCCAUCACCAAUUCCAGUAGAUAGUUUAGAUAAUCUCUUCAAAUUAAAAGAUUUGGUUAAAGCUGGUGGUGGUACAGAUGCAAGUGUAUCCCUUUAUCCACUUUACAAUAAUAAAAUCGUAAAGAAUUAUAUUGUCGUUGUAACUGAUGAAGAAGAGAAUUCUUUUAAACAUGGUCGUUUCGCUGAUUUAUUCAUUCGUUAUCAAAAAGAAGUUGCACCUAAUUGUAAAUUGGUAUUUGUUUCAUUCCUUGCAUUACAUGCCAAGGGCCAAAUGGUUACAGAGUUACGUUCAAAAGGUAUUGAACCAAUUCAAAUUCUCUUUGAUCGUAGUUCUCCAGACGUUUCAAAAAUUGAUGGCGUACUUUCAAGUUUAUCAUGUGAGUCUGAAUCCUUUAAAGAUCAAUUAGAUUUAUUUGUAAACAUCUUACAAUGUGUUGGUGAUAAACAACUCUACCAAAUGAUUAAAGAAAAGAAGAACCGUUUAAUGUCAUUUGGUUUAAAUAUUGAAUUGGGAAUUGAAAAUGUAUGCUCUUUACUUGGAAAUCAUAAAACAACACCAAUUGGUAAUAUGGCACUUUUAAUGAUAAAGAAUAAUUUAAAUCGUCUCAUUAAAAUCUCAAAAGAUAACAAGAAUGAAAAAGCUGAACAAUUAUUCACAAAAAUACAAAAGGAUUUUAUUAAAUUGCCAAAGGAUGAAGGUAUUCAAUUCCUUUUUGAUUCACUUUCAACUUUAGAUCGUUCUUUGUAUAUUCCACAGUUUGAAUUGGAUCAAGAAAUUCAAAAAAUGAAAUUAGAACAAUCAAAAAUUAUUCAACCUUCCAAUGAAAGUAAUCAAGAUGAUAAAAAAAAAGAUUCAAUUGUCAAUACAAAAUCAAUCAUUUUAGAUGGUGACCUUUCAAUUAAUGAUGUUUCAAGCCAAUUAAAUGGUGAAAAUAAAACAAAUUUCAUUUCUAUCUAUUCGGUUUUACUAAAUACAAUUGAUUUAUCAUCAAAAUUGAAAAUUAAUGUGUUAUGUGGUGCUUUCCAGAGUAAAAACUAUGAAUUUGCAAAGUUUAUUUUAUAUAAUAAAAAGUACACUUUCAAAGAAAUUUCCAAAGUUAUUAAAAUUUUAGAUUCAAAAAGAAAAAUAAAUCAACUUGUUUCAAAAAUAAAUAAAGCAAAUCAAUCUCACCAAAAAAGAAGAGAAAGAUUAGAUCAAGAGUCAAAAUUAUAUUUAGAAAAUUUAAAAAAUAAACAAAAUGAUAAUAAUAAUAAUAAUAAUAAUAAUAAUAAUAAUAAUAAUAACAAUAAUAUUAAUCCAGUUAAAACUGGGUCAAGAGGAGCAUCAAGAGGCGGAUCAAGAGGCGGAAGGGGUGGAUCAAGAGGUGGAUCAAGAGGAGCAUCAAGAGGCGGAUCAAGAGGCGGAAGGGGUGGAUCAAGAGGCGGAAGGGGUGGAUCAAAAGUCGGAUCAGUUGGAUCUAGUAUUAAAACUAAUGCUAUAGAGAUAGAAUCAAAUAAUGAAAAUAAAAAAUCAAAAAGAAUAACAGAAGAUUUAUUAGAAUUUAGGUUUAAUCAGUCAAUAAAAAGAAUGGAAAGUGAAAUUGAACAAUUAUCUAAAUAUGAUUGUAAAGUUUCAUUAAGUGGUAAUAUUGUAAAUAUUUUCAAACAAUAUUUUAAACAGAUUCCAACAUCAACAUUAGAGUUUUUUGUAAUGGGUAAAUCAAGAGAAACUUUUAGAGAGAUGGCUGAUUUAUUACAUUUUUCACCAAUGGAUUUUCAAUGCAGUUGGUUUUUAGAUGCAGUGUUUGGUAAAAUUCCAAGGGGUACAAUUGUUGAAGCAUUUUCAAAGUUUGAAUUUAUUACAUGCAGUGUUGGUAAUGAUUUAAUUACCAAAGAAGAUGAAGAAAAAUCAAUUAAUACAUUAAAAGAAAUUCUUUUAACAUAUAAACCUUCAUAUUCAUUCAUUAGAAAAACAAUUGAUCCAUCAAAAAUUCCAGAUUCAUUAAAAUUAAUAAUUGCUCAAUAUGAGGACAUUAAUACAGUAUUAUGGUGGUAUCAUGAAUUAUGUUGCUUUGAAGUUGAUAAUUUAUUAUCGUAUAGACUUCAUAAAGAGACAUUAACUCAAUCAUAUGGUGUUUUAUUAGAAAAAGCAAUGUAUUUACAAUCUAAUGGUAUUCCAGUAUUUAAAGAUCUAUUACCAAUUAUUGCAGAGAAUGUUAGAUUAUUUACAUCAAAAAUAUCAUUACCACCUCCUUUGGCAACAUUAGGCGAUGCUUCAUCAAGUAUGGAUGUUGCAAUUAGAUUGGCAACGAUAAUUGCAUCAUUGGUAACUUGUUUAACACCAAACUCAACAUUAAAAUUCUUUAAUCAUGCACCAAUUUUUGCACCAUUAAAUAUCAAAGCCAUUUCAGAGGUAUUCAAAGUUUCAGAUUUAAUUUCUGGUACUGGUGCAACAUCACCAGCUGCUGGUUUAUAUCCAUUAUAUGAAAAGAAAGAAAAAUUAGAGUAUUUAGUUAUUGUAACCGAUGAGGAAGAGAAUUGUAAUUACCGUGGUUAUUCAUUUUGUCAAUUAUUUAAAAAAUAUCUUGAUGAAGUUUCACCAAAUUGUAAAUUGGUAUUUGUAUCAUUCCUUGAUCACCAACAAGAGGGUAAUAUGGUAACAGAAUUAAAAAGAGAUUAUAAUAUUCAUCCGUUACAAUUUAAAUUGGAUAAAAAUAAACCAGAUGUCACAAAAAUUGAUAACAUGUUAACAACUCUAUCAUGUCAAUCAAAUGAGUUUCUAAUUCAAAUUGAUUGUUUAAAUUUAUUGAUAGACUCAAUUGGAAUUUCAAAUUUCAAAUUAUUUUUAGAUAAAUUUAAUUCAAAAUUAUUUUACAAUACUUUAACAAUUCUAUCAUUAUUUUUCAUUUUAAAAAAUUAUAUUUCAUUAGAAGAUUCAAGUAAAUUAUCAACAUCUAAAAUUCAAGAAUUAUAUGAAAAACUAAUUAAUGUUUCAAAAGAAUUACAUUUUGACACUUUAAAUGAAAAAUUGGUAAUAUUAUUAAAUGAUAAUCAAAUGACUUUUAAUAUUAAUUUAUUAAAACAAGUUAAUGAUCAAUGUUUAAUAAAUGAAGAUGUUUAUUUAAUUCAAAAUAAAGUAACAGAUAAAGAUAAUAAUAAUAAUAAUAAUAAUAAUAAUAAUAAUAAUAAUAAUAAUAAUAAUAAUAAUAAUAAUAAUAAUAAUAAUAAUAAUAAUAAUAAUAAUAAUAAUAAAUUAAAAGAUGAAUUAUUAUCAAAUGAAUUAAUUAAAACAUCAAGAAUAUUAGAGAAUAAAAAUGAAAAAAAACCAGUAUUUUUAGAUAGUUUACAAGUUUCAAUAUUAUUUGGAUAUUUAUUAGAUAGUGAUUCAUUAGUUGCAUGUUCAAUGGUUUGUAAAUUAUGGAGAAAAUGUUCAUUAAAUUCAAAUAUUUGGACUCGUUUUAUGUCAAGAGAUCAUCAAGUUUCCAAAUCAUUAGAUUUGGUAUUUUGUAUUGAUUCCACUGGCAGUAUGAGCGGGGAGAUUAAAGAAGUUAAAGAAAAGAUUACAUCGAUUGUGGAUAGAAUUGAAAAAGCAAAAGUAAAUGUUAAUGUUGGAUUAGUGUUUUAUAAUGACCAUGAAAUAAUUUAUUUACCAACUGAUAAAUCACCAACUAUUGUUUACGAAUUCACUGAUGAUAUACCAUUGGUUAAAAAGAAUAUUGGAACUAUUAAAGCCUUUGGUGGUAAUGAUCAUCCCGAAGCUGUUGCAGAUGGUUUAUAUGAAGUAUCCAAAUUAAAAUUCCGUUCAAAUGCUUCAAAAAUUUGUAUACUAAUUACUGAUGCACCAGCACAUGGUUUCGAUAGUAAAUUGAAUGAAACUUAUUCCGAAGAUUAUCAUCCUAAUGGUUGUCCAUGUGGCCAUGAUAGUAUUGAACUGGUUAGAUCAUUGGUUCGUAGAGGUAUUACAUUUUACACAGUUUCAUGUAGACCUACACCAAAUUCAUCAGAUUAUUUGAAUGCUAUCGCAUCAAUUUCCGAAGGUAAAUGCGUAAAUCUUACCUCAUCAGAAAUUUUAUCAGACUUUAUUGUUGGUUCCGCUCAAGAUGCAAUCUAUUUAGAUUCAAUUAGUGCCCUCGUUAGAAAAGAAGUUGAACAUACCAUUUCAACUUACCCAGAGUUAUCAAUUGAUGAAUGUAUUUAUCGUGCCACUUAUAAACUUAGAUCUCAAGGUGUAAUGAUGAAGGAUACUUUAAAAACAUUCCAAUUGGAAACUCAAGAAAAAAACUUAAAGUAUUCUUUGAUUUUACAAUCCGACAGCGACAAACAAUUCCUAGAAAAAUAUAAAAAUUUCUUAUCGACCUUAUCUGGUUCUAAAAAAAAUAAUAAUGACCAAGUAAAUCAAAGUAAAAAAUCAAAAAAAUCUGAUAAACCUAAAGAAAGUGGUCUCCUCCCAAUUAAUAUUCCAUAUGUUAGAAAAAUUUGUAAAAAAUAUCUUUUAAUUUAA